GUAAGUCUUUGUUUAUUGCUUACUCAAUUUGGUUACCAUUAAGAUAAAUCCUGAAUUUGUACUAUAUUAAGUUCAUUCAUAUUCAUAUCAUCUCCUAGGAUUCAUUUCACUUGUUAUAGGGGUGUUCCAGUUUGUGCCAUAUUUCGAAGGUGAGCUGCUAAAAUUUGUCGAAGGAUAGAAAGAGUUGAAAUAUGGGAGGCAAACAGACCAAACCUCAGAGCUAUUACCGCAAUGCUUCUACUGGUAGUGGCUCUCCGCCGAUUCCAAGCUCUACACCAUACCCUUCUUAUGCUGAAAAUUAUGCCAAUUCUGAUAAAAGUAGGUUGCAGUCAAGGUAUACGAGAAUUGGUGACAACUACAGAUCUCUCGAGGAGGUGACUAGGGCUUUGGCUCAAGAUGGUUUGGAAUCUUCCAAUCUCAUUGUUGGCAUUGAUUUCACAAAGAGCAACGAAUGGACCGGUGCACGAUCUUUCAAUAAAAAAAGUCUACAUCAUCUUGGAGAUGAUCUAAGUCCUUAUGAACAUGCAAUAUCAAUCAUUGGAAGGACACUUUCAGCUUUUGAUGAGGACAGCCUUAUUCCUUGUUAUGGCUUUGGUGAUGCAACUACACAUGAUCAAGAUGUUUUCAGCUUUUAUCCGGAUGAUGAGCCUUGCAAUGGCUUCGAGGAGGCACUUCUUCGUUAUAGAGAAUUAGUUCCACAAAUUCGUUUAGCUGGACCGACAUCCUUUGCUCCGAUUAUUGAAACUGCUAUUGGGAUUGUUGAUAAUAGUGGUGGCCAAUAUCAUGUUCUUCUGAUCAUUGCUGAUGGACAGGUCACAGGAAGCGUGGACAGUACUUUCGGCCAAUGGAGUUCUCAAGAGAGAAAUACAAUUGAUGCCAUUGUGAGAGCAAGUCAAUUCCCGUUGUCGAUAGUUUUGGUUGGAGUCGGGGAUGGACCGUGGGACAUGAUGCAACAGUUUGAUGACAACAUUCCUUCUAGGACUUUUGACAAUUUCCAGUUUGUGAAUUUUACAGAAAUUAUGUUGAGUAACAUCCCUACGUCAAAUAAGGAGACACAGUUUGCCCUGGCUGCAUUAAUGGAAAUACCUUCACAGUACAAAGCAACAAUAGACCUCCAACUUUUGGGCUGCCGGAGAGGAACUCCGCGGAGAAUUCCUCUGCCUCCACCACCAGGGAACCAUAACUCAAGCAAUUUGUAUCCUAGCUACCCAAUGUCAAGCAACUUUGGACACGGUUCAGGCGUUUAUCAUGCGCCUUCUAUGGCUCAUUCAGAGAGUAAUCAACACAAUAGGAACUGUCCUCUAUGUUUAUCGAGAAAAAAAGAUCUGGUAUUUGGAUGCGGACAUCAGACAUGCUAUGAUUGUGGAAGGGACCUCGCCUUCUGUCUGAUUUGUCAGACUUGUAUUACCACAAGGAUAAGGCUUUUUGAGUGAUACUAUGAAGGUUCAACAGCCACUCUACUGGGACUACACAAUGAAGUGUGCUUCAAUUCAAUCAGCCCUCUUGGAUUACAUUCUAGUUCUUGCAAGGUUUUUUUAGGUACGUCUUUGUAAAUCGGGAAACAUAAGAUUCAUGUAGCCGACCUCGAGUAAUUGGAAAAAAGCUUGGUUGUGGUUGUUGUUGUCAUCAUCUUUGUAAAUACCAAGUGUUCCAAAUAGUGAAGACUAAUACACGGUUUGUUUUAGUCCAAUUUUAUUUGCAAAGUUAGAUGUGGGGACUUGAAGUUUUUUAUGAACAAUGUUUUAAGUAAUGGGAUU